AGUUGGGGAGCCUGGGCCCUGCGAGUUUAGCCAUGGUGCUCAACCUCCUCUCCCCAAACUUGUCCCGCCUGGGCCUGUGGGCUUCAGUAGUGAUCCUGAUAGUAAGUGUCCUCAAGCUCUUCAGCCUGCUGGUGCGGAGGCAGAAGCUGGCCAGGGCUCUGGACAGCUUCCCAGGGCCCCCUACACACUGGCUCUUUGGUCAUGCCCUUGAGAUACAGAAGUUGGGGAGCCUUGACAAGAUGGUGUCCUGGUCCCAAGAGUUCCCCUAUGCCCAUCCACUCUGGCUUGGACAAUUCGUUGGUUUUCUGAACAUCUAUGAGCCUGACUAUGCCAAAGCUGUGUACAGCCGUGGAGACCCAAAGGCUCCAGAUGUUUAUGACUUCUUGCUUCAGUGGAUCGGGAAAGGCUUAUUGGUUCUCCAUGGGCCCAAAUGGUUCCAGCACCGCAAGUUGCUCACUCCUGGCUUCCACUAUGAUGUGCUGAAGCCCUAUGUGGCCAUAUUUGCCGAGUCCACACAUCUCAUGCUGGACAAGUGGGAGAAAAAGGCUAGUGAAAACAAGAGCUUUGACAUCUUCUGUGACGUAGGUCACAUGGCGCUGGAAUCCCUCAUGAAGUGCACCUUUGGCAAAGGAGACAGCGGCCUAGGACACAGAGACAAUAGCUACUAUAAGGCAGUCAGUGAGCUCACACUGCUGGUGCAGCAGCGCAUUGAAUCCUUCCAGUACCACAAUGACUUCAUUUACUGGCGCACUCCACAUGGCCGCCGCUUCCUGAAAGCCUGCCAGAUAGCCCAUGACCAUACAGAUCAGGUCAUCAAGCAGCGAAGGCCCCUGCAGGAUGAGGAGGAGCAGAAAAAGAUCCAGAGGAGACAUCUGGACUUCCUGGACAUUCUCCUGGGUGUUCGGGAUGAAAGUGGGCUCGAGAUGUCAGAUGCCGAUCUCAGGGCCGAAGUGGAUACAUUCAUGUUCGAAGGCCACGAUACCACCAGUAGCGGUAUCUCUUGGUUUCUCUACUGCAUGGCCCUUUAUCCUGAGCACCAGCAGCGAUGUAGGGAGGAGGUCCGUGAGAUCCUAGGAGGCAAGAACUCUUUCCAGUGGGAUGAUCUGGCCAAGAUGACCUACCUGACUAUGUGUAUGAAGGAGUGCUUCCGCCUUUACCCACCUGUGCCCCAGGUAUACCGCCAGCUCAACAAGCCAGUCACCUUUGUGGAUGGCCGCUCUCUGCCUGCAGGCAGCCUGAUCUCUAUGCACAUCUAUGCCCUCCACAGGAACAGUGCUGUGUGGCCUGACCCAGAGGUCUUUGACCCAUUGCGCUUUUCUCCUGAGAAUGUGUCAGGACGCCAUCCCUUUGCCUACAUGCCUUUUUCUGCAGGACCCAGGAACUGCAUUGGGCAGCAGUUUGCCAUGAGCGAGAUGAAGGUGGUCACAGCCCUGUGUUUGCUGCGCUUUGAAUUCUCUCUGGAUCCCUCAAAGCUGCCCAUCAAACUUCCCCAGCUGGUCCUGCGCUCCAAAAAUGGCAUCCACCUCCACCUCAAGUCACUGGGCUCUGGGAAAUAGGUCUUUGGAGAUCACGGCUUGGACAGCACAGGCUGUGGCUUUUCCUGGGAGGUUGCUCUCCUAGAUUGAAUGUGGAGUCAUCAUGGAUCCCAGCUUUGGGGGGCCUAAAGAUGUGAAAGCAUUGGGGCUGACAGUCUCAUGGAAGGCAGUCCCUUGUAAACACGUGUGUCUAAUGACUCAGUGCCUGGACUCUGGAGCUCAUGUCUUUAUGUCACAAAAAAUUGUAGAACAUCUGGCUGUCACAAGAAGCUUCAUUUCUUUCUCAUAACUGUAUGUCUUUCUAAAUCAAACAAACAAAAAAUCAGAAUCAUACAUCCCAAGCCUUGAAAAAUCUUAGUGAAGACAGUGGCAAUUGUCUUGAUAUCUGUGGAGGAGGGAUGUGAAGGAGGGAUGGCUGGAUAGAAUGUGGCUCUUCAUUGAUGUAUAUGUCUUUAUCUGCUGUGUGUGUUUGGAAUAUAAUGGAAAAAAAAGAAAAGUUGAUUCAACUAAAUAUGUACAAAAUAAAAAAAUGAUUAUAAAAUCAAA